ACCUGCACUGCGGCUAUAAAGGAAGACACUGAACAACUGAGCAGGCAGUGAGGGACUCAAGUUGCCACUCUCUGCUGCACCCGAUCGAAAGAAACCAGCGACCACGUCGAUCAGCCGGCCGGCCAUGGGUUCGGUGGCGGCGGAGGAGCAGCCGCCGCACGCGGUGUGCAUGCCGUACCCGGCGCAGGGCCACGUCACGCCCAUGCUCAAGCUCGCCAAGCUCCUCCACGCGCGGGGCUUCCACGUCACCUUCGUCAACACCGAGUUCAACCACGCCCGCCUGCUCCGCUCGCGGGGCGCCGCCUCGCUCGCCAGCGUCCCCGGGUUCCGCUUCGCCGCCAUCCCCGACGGCCUCCCGCCGUCCGACCCCGACGCCACCCAGGACAUCCCCGCGCUCUGCUACUCCACCAUGACCACCUGCCUCCCGCACUUCUGCUCCCUCCUCGCCACCCUCAACGCCGGGACGUCGCCGCCGGUCACCUGCCUCGUCGUCGACGCCGUCAUGUCGUUUGGCUACGACGCCGCCCGGGAGAUCGGUGUGCCCAUAGCCGCGCUCUGGACCGCCAGUGCCUGCGGCUUCAUGGGCUACCGGAACUACCGCGGCCUCAUCGACCGUGGCCUCGUUCCGUUCAGGGACGCUGCCGACCUCGCUGACGUCCCCGGCGGCCUCCUCGCCACCGUGGUCGACGGUGCCCGCGGCAUGUGCGGCGGCGUGCAGCUCCGCGACUUCCCUAGCUUCCUCCGCACUGUCGACCGAGACGACAUCUUGCUCAAUUUCCUGAUGCGCGAGUCCGAGCGGCUCUCCCUCCCCGACGCAGUCAUGGUCAACACCUUCGAGGACCUCGAGGGCGCCACGCUGGACGCCAUGCGCGCCAUCCUCCCGCCGGUGUACCCCGUCGGACCGCUCGUCCUCCGCGAGCGCCUCGAGAUACCUGCCGGUACCCCGCUCGCCGGCCUGGGUUCCAACCUCUGGAAGGAGCAGGAUGGGCUCCUCGAGUGGCUCGCCGGCCGGCCGUCGUGCUCCAUUGUGUACGUGAACUUCGGCAGCAUCACAGUGAUGACUAACUCGCAGCUGCUGGAGUUCGCGUGGGGGCUCGCCGCCAGCGGCUACCCGUUCUUGUGGAACAUCCGGCCGGACCUGGUGAAGGGCGACGCCGCCGUGCUGCCUCCAGAGUUCGCCGCUGCCGUCGAGGGCCGUGCGCUGCUAACUACCUGGUGCUCGCAGGAGGCGGUGCUUCAGCACGAGGCGGUGGGAGUGUUCCUGACCCACUCCGGGUGGAACUCGACACUGGAGAGCCUCUGCGCCGGCGUGCCCAUGCUGAGCUGGCCUUUCUUCGCCGAGCAGCAGACCAACUGCCGGUACAAGCGCACCGAGUGGGGCGUCGGGAUGGAGAUCGGUGGCGAGGUGCAGCGCGAUGAGGUGGCGGUGAUCAUAAAGGAGGCCAUGGAAGGGGAGAAGGGGAAGGAGAUGCGCCGGCGAGCGGAGGAAUGGAAGGAGAAGGCCGUGAAGGUAACGCUGCCGGGUGGGCCAGCGGAAACAAACCUGAACAGGGUCAUCGACGAGGUGCUGCUCUCCAAGAAGAAGGGAAAAACUUCAGUCGACGCGUGAUUUUUUUUAUUUUAUUUUUAUGAUGAGGAUACUGUCGAGGCGUUAUUGUUCAUUGUUGGCAGAUCUUGGUUGCGGGUUGAAAACAUCGCGCCGUCCUUGUCUCUGUAACAUGUGGCCUAUUUCAUUAUGCUUUUCUGUCUCCAUUUUAUCUGUCAUAUAUGUCAUAUGUGGCCUAUUCAAAUAUUCAAUCUCGAUAAAUUUUGGA